GAAGUGAAGGAUAACAUAGCGAUGUGCUGGACUGUAAUGAGGAAGUUGCGGAAAACAACUGAUCAUGUGUGAUGCUCAGAAUUAUCCUGAUGUGAAUUUGCAUCAGGUCAGCAUAUUUACAAGUGUCAGGCUUUUUGGUCACAGUGUCAUUUUUUUUCUCUAAACAGUUGUUAAGACAAUAGUAAAUUAAAUCAGUUUUGCUAAAGAGUUUGCAUCCAUACUGGGAUCUCUGACAAGUUGGCCAGGAAAACGAAACUCAAGGGAAUUAGCAGACAGAAAAAAAUGGAGAGCAAGAAAGAGGUAGAAGUGGAGUUGGAGGAAAUUGCAAUGGUUGAGGAGGAUAAGGAGAAAGAAGAUCAGAAGGAGGAGACAAAAGCAGAUAAUGUAGAAGAAGUGAAUAUUUACUCCACUCUCACCAGUUCAUCUCAACAUGAAUAUGGUGUGCCCUCUUCAACUCGCUCUUAUACACUCUAUAAAGAUCCAUCGCAAGAUAUUAGCCGGAAGCUCCGUCUUUACCGCAUUGUUUCGCUGGUUCUUUUUGUCACCUGCGUCCUGCUGCUGAUCGUGGUCCUUGUGCUCUUUAUGAAGAUGACUGGGACGCAGCCAUGUCAGGAGGUAGAGCAGACUACCAGGUCUCUAUCAGAACAGAAAUGCAGCUUUGAGAGAUGCCAAGAGCUUUACCAACUGCCUCAACGUCUGUGCAGGGAUUGUGGCAAGGGCUGGCUGAGGUUCGAGAAUACUUGUUACUUCCUGUCUCAACACCGCCUCCCCUGGCAACAGAGCAGGAAGGAGUGCCAGAGGAAGGGAGGAGAUCUUGCCGUCAUUACUAAUGAACGCGUUCAGAUGUAUCUGAGUACGAAGGGGAGUUUAAACUACUGGAUUGGGCUAAAUCAUCUGGGGACAAAUGAAUGGACAUGGAUUAACAACACUGUAUUGACAGUGAGAUAUUGGGGAGAUGUUUCCUUCCCUGGACAGUGUGCCAUCCUGGCUGGAAAUGAACCACCUGAACGGAGCUGGCGCCCAUCUUCCUGCAGUUUAUACUUACAAUACAUCUGUCAAAAGAUAUAGAUGUCCUACACCCACUGAAAUCACCUACAGUAUACAUCUGGACAUCAUACCUAUCAUAACAAAUCCUCAAGAUAAUCACCUUUUCGCUUAAGAUUGCAGUUAGAAAAUUAUAGACAUUUGGUCUCAUUUGGACAUUUGGUCCAUCAACAUUUUUUUUUCA